GUGGAUUCAUGGCCCAAGGCUUCACUCUGCCAGAGUGGAAUGAAAAAAAAUCUCUGGUGAUAAAAAUGAAGGAUGUCUGAUACCACAGAUUUUUUGAGAUACACUUUUGAACAUAGACUCUUGGUUUACUGUGUUAAGAGAGAAGCAUUUAGGUGUUGCUGUUUGAGGGGGGGGGAAAAAAUAAUGUUGUAGAAUGGUAGUAUUUUUGGAAAUUAAUUUGAAUUCAAGGGCUUAAGCAGAGUUGUUUCCAGUGCAGUGCUCACAUUUAACUCAAAUCCUCUAGAAGGAGCAGAUGUAAGUUAAAAUAGCCAAGUUCUGAAAAUAUUUUUAGAUGACCCUGUAGCAUAUCACUGGGGUUAAUAACCUGUUACUUUGACCUUCCUCCCCACCCCCUUUCCUCUCCCAAGUUGACAAGCUUUUCAGGCAAUUUCCUCAAAGUAUGCCCUGGAGAAACAUGGUGUUAAAAAUUCAAACACAACAUUGCAGGUGGAUGAGCUGCUGUUCUUCCUUUGACUAGCUCAAGCUUGUGCAGAUGUCCUGGCAUUAGCCAAAGAAGCUAGAAAGCGAAAUCUUGGUCCUCUUCAUCCUUCCUUUAAUGUGAUAAAGAUAAUAAGAGAUGGACUGAUGAGAAAUCUUCCAGAAAACACUCACCAGUUGUCAUCGGGCAGACUGUGUAUUUCACUGACCAGAGUAUCAGAUGGUAAAAACGCAUUGAUAUCUAAUUUUAACUCUAAAGAAGAAGUUGUCCAGGCUUUAAUCUGUAGUUCAUUUGUCCCUAUUUAUUGUGGCCUAAUUCCACCGUCAUUCAGAGGUGUGCGCUAUGUGGAUGGAGGGAUCAGUGACAACUUACCCCACUAUGAGUCCAAGAGUACCAUCACAGUUUCACCUUUCGCUGGGGAGUGCGAUAUCUGCCCAAAGGGGAAUUCUGCCAACUUUCAUGAAAUGAACGUGACCAACACCAGCAUCCAGCUCAGUCUGGGGAACCUUUAUCGUUUAACACAAGCGCUCUUCCCCCCAGAACCUAAGGUACUAGGAGAGAUCUGUGAGCAAGGAUAUUCAGAUGCUCUUAAAUUCUUGAAAGAGAACGGUAUUCUGAGUGACUCCAUUUACAUCCACUUGUCCUUCGCAAAAAGAAAUCCUCAUGAGCCUGCACAACGCAUUGAGCAUACGAAGAAAAGAAAACUGAUGGAAAAUAACAGAACAGAAACCCUGAAAGUGGAAGUACUUAACGAGCUGAAGCCAAGUCCAUGGCCUUUGGAGAAGAGCAUAUUUGAGAGUCUACCUCCUAGACUUCGUAAAGCACUGCAGGAAGCUUGUAAAGAACAGAAUGGAUUCUACGCUCAGUUCUCUAAACUCUUCCCCAUGCGGGUCCUGUCCUAUUUGAUGCUCCCUUACACGCUGCCGGUGGAGUCUGCCUACUCUGUUGCUUUACGGCUGGUGAACUGGUUUCCUGACAUGCCUGCUGAUGUCCGGUGGAUGCAGGAGCAGCUCUGUCGGAUUGCUGGAACAGUGUAUUCCCAGGCUAAAAGCAAGCUGUUCUGUACCUCCAGGAAAGACAAUUAUGCAUCACUAAGAAAAUGUCAAACUGUCCCGUCUACGAUGGAAUUUCUUUCUUCAUACUGCAACCUUAAAAUGCCUCACUCUUCUGCAGACCUUGAAACCUGGCUCUGGGAAUCCUCGGGCUUCAUGUACUCGGCUACAAAAGAUGCUUCUGCUGACGGGGAGGGGCACCCAGACCUAAGCAGCUAUCCUCACUUUCUCCCGAAUUCUGAUGAGUCUGGGUUGGAAAUGGAUUUUGAUUCUUCCUCAGAGACAAGUUUCCAAACUGCUCCAGAGUAUUAAUGUGGAAGCAGAUUCCACAGUUUCAAAAAUUCCAAUUUGGCAGGGAAAUUUAAAUCCGAAAGGACUAAAGAUCACUUUGUUUAUUGCCAAUAAGUGUUGGAAAAAUAAUUUGUUUACAGCUUCCUGACAAAUCUGCCUUGGGAAUUCUACUGUUUUAAGGAUUAUAAAAACAGUAGCUGCUACACCAAGUGACAGACUACACAGUUCUGUCGAAGCACCAGCUCAGUCAACUGUAGUAAGACUCGUAGUUAAACAGUGUCUCCCUGGAAAUAAAUUAUUUUUUUAAAAAAUCUACUUUCAGCAUAAAAAUGUAAAUUCUGUAAACCAGGUGGUUAGACAAACAAGCAUCGAUAGUGAAAGCUUUUUUAAAAUGUAAUUAUUAAUAUUAUGUGUUUGGAUUACUUUUAUAGCACUUAGAUGAAAUUGGACUUUUAAUUCCUAAAGGGAAAUACACAAAUGAGCUUUUUGGUGGCCUCCAGUGUGCGUUUGUAUGUUUAAACAUACUGUUGUGUUCAUGGAGAAGCUGGCUGCUCUGUAGGAGGUACCCUGGGACCAGUGUUACUCCAGGUGGUUGGCCAUCUUCCCCAGUUCAUGGUGCUUCUCCUCUGUGGCUCUUUCCUCUUCAAAUGCUUUGAGGGAAAAAGGUGUAAGACGUGGGACACGUUCCCCUGAAGUGUGAACAGGCACUGUUGCAGUGAUGAUGUCAGAGGAUGUGUUUUGUACUUAAGGGCUUAAUAUUUGAUUGAGAACUGAAAAGUAGGUGAAAUUGUGAUUAGUAGAAAACAGUAAUUUGAGAACUUUACAGAAGAUGUCAAUGUAAGUCACUGUAUAGCAAGUGGGGGAUGAUGUUUAGGUCUGCUCUUUAAUUGCUGCCCAAUUGCUCUCAGUCAUUUUUUUUUCUCCUCCAACUUGAGAGAUUUUUCUUCCCUCCUUUCACUUCCCUCUUGCUAAAGGAGGGAGGAAAAAAGGGUCCCUCUGGUCUCAGGGGUGUGUGAUAACCCACAGGAGCUUUCCCAGGACGGCUUGUUACAAGAAGGAAAAGCCGAAGACGUGGUGAAGUGUCAGCAGCAGGGAGCUCUGCGGGGGUCUCCUGGUGAUAACGGCCGAGUCAGCCACAUCCCAGCUGUGCGGAGUGAUGGGCUGUUCCAACGCUUUCCACUAUGAAGGUUCUGCGUAGUUUUAAUCAAGGCAACACAUCAGUGUGUGAACACACCGGGGGGAUAAGGAGCUGCUCAGGUUAAGGACUUCUGGGAUGUUCUGUUCUCAUGUCUUGUACAGUUAAUGUAGAGGGAGACGAGGGGUUUGCAAUGGAGUUGUGCAGGUGUUUGGGGGCGGUCUGGCAGCUGCUCCUUCUGGAAGUGAAUCUGAGCAGCUGGGGAGAAGCAGCGGUUGGGCUGUGAUGCUCAGGAGAGGGGACCUGGAGUGCGAGUUUGACAGCGAAGAGCAAAAGGUGGCGUUUGCAUUGGACCAGCUUCCAGGCAGUUUCUCAGUUGUGAUUUCCUGAAGCUUGAAGCGUGAAAUUUUAGAACAUCAAAAAUUAUUUUAGGAUGGGGGGGCGGGGGAGAAGGCGGGGGGCUGUUUCCGUAUGCAGUGGACUGGUGCAGUUUUACUUCAAUCUUUUGUUCCUUUCUUCCAUGUAAGUACCUUCAGAUUUGUGAGAAGAGUUGGAAAUGUUACUCUAACCACAGUUAAGAGACAAGAUCUGUUUUACAUUUGUCUUUAACUUUAAACUUCCUGUAAUUUAAUCUUAUAUUGUGCAAAACGUUAGUUUUACCAGUAUGUGUUAGAACUCAAGCAGGAGGGGCAAGUUUUGCUUCCUGUGUACUGGAAUAGUUCUCUUUACAUUUACAUCAACCACAGCUCCACUUUUGUCUCUUUUUUCUGAAAUAAAAUCUCUCCUGUUACCA